AAAAAAAAAGCAAAAAAAACCAAUCGCGAUAUGUAACGAUUGUAAAGUAGGAGAGUAUAUGGGAAAUUUAUAUUAACUUUAUUGAAUAGAAAAGAGAGAGCGAGAGAGAGAGGUACAAUUACAAACUCGGUUACUAGGUAAAAUGAAAAGAAAAUGUUGCCAAAUUCUAGAAAAAAGAGAGAAAUAUAUAAAUAAAUAAAUAAAUGAAUCCUGCAUACAUACAAUUACAGUACGUGUGAUGUCCGUGUGCACGGGGUUUACACCCAGUAACACAAAAAUACGUUGUGUGGUUAUCUUUAAGGAACAACUCAACAUUUCUAUGUGCGCUCUAAUGUGAAUUUUUAAAGUAAAACAAUAUAAUGAUGCCGUAAUAUAGUUUUGUUAUACAAAAUUUAAAAAUGCAAGCAAUAUGUGGGUCAUGCUGUGAUCAUUAUGCAGCCAUUGUGCUAGUGAAUCUGAGAUAUUUUCAAAAAAAAACAAUUACAUUAAAUUGUGCUUAGAAAGUGUGAGAACUACUUAAAAAUUUUGUAAAUUUAUACGGCAUUGCAGAAUUUUUUGCAAACGCUAUCCAAUGUUUACAUAAUAUACACAUAUAGAUUUUUUUAAACAUUUCUACUCACGCAGAGAGUGGGCGGAGUUGUUCAUGGUAAUAAAAAAAAAAAAUAAAAAUAAAAAUAAAAAAAAAUUAUUACCCGUAAACAUAAACAAACUUAAUGAAAACUCGAUGCGUGCAAAAAAUUAAAGGAAAAACCAAUACAUGUCUGAUAGUGUUCCGUUCUCCCUUUUAAUGUUUAAUAAGAUUUUUUGCGAUUAGUUCAUGAAAAAGUGAUAAAAGUGUAAGCUUAGUUUUGGAAAUAAAUCAGAAAUUUUUACAGUGUAAUUAAUAUAUUAUCAUCUACUUUAACUUCUCGAUAAUUGCAAUAUUGAUUUUUUUUUUUUUUUUUUUUGUGGUUUAAAGAAGUUAUCGUUAUCCAUGUUGCACUGCAGACGUUAUUAGUGAUAAUAGUGCGUACAUGAACAAUCUUUCAAGUGUUCUUGCCCUGGCAUUAAAUUUAAUUAAUUCGCAUGUGUUUGGUUGUAGUAAGCGCACUGCUCUAAAAUGGAUUUUUACAGCAAUAAAUCGAAAAACAUUGAUGUUGAAAAAAUGGACGCACAACUUGUGUGGGCCCGCGAUCCGAUCGAAGGUUAUCUACAAUGCCGUAUAUCGGAAAUUGGUGCAAAAGAAUUUGAAGUAACACCACUAGAUUCCAAAUAUUCGAAACGAUCAUGUCAUGUCGAUGAUAUAUUUUCUUCUUGCGAAGGACCGCAAGAUCACGAUGAUAAUUGUGAACUAAUGCUUUUAAAUGAAGCCACAUUUCUGGAUAAUUUAAAAAUACGUUAUUAUAAAGACAAAAUAUAUACCUAUGUAGCUAAUAUAUUGAUAGCGGUUAAUCCAUAUCGUGAAAUCAUUGAUCUCUAUACACCUGCCACAAUCAAAAAGUAUAAUGGACGUUCCUUAGGUGAAUUAUCACCGCAUGUAUUUGCCAUAGCGGAUAAGGCGAUACGGGAUAUGCGCGUAUAUAAAUCAUCGCAAUCGAUAAUUGUUUCGGGUGAAUCGGGUGCCGGCAAAACUGAGUCCACUAAAUAUUUAUUAAAGUAUUUAUGCCAUUCGCAUGAUAGCGCCGGACCAAUCGAACAGAAAAUAUUGGAUGCUAAUCCGGUUCUGGAAGCGUUUGGUAAUGCUAAAACUACCCGUAAUAAUAAUUCUUCACGUUUCGGUAAAUUCAUUGAGGUGCAUUACGAUGGUAAAUGUCAGGUAGUCGGUGGCUAUAUAUCACAUUAUCUGCUGGAAAAAAGUCGCAUUUGUACGCAAAGUGCUGAGGAGCGAAAUUAUCAUGUCUUUUAUAUGCUGUUAGCUGGAGCGCCGCAACAUUUACGCGAUAAAUUAUGUCUCGGCAGACCAGAUGACUACAGGUAUCUUUCCGGCUGCACGCAAUAUUUCUCUAAUAACAAGACUGAAAAAUUAAUACCCCAAACUCAGAAAUCGGCAACACAUUCGGAAAAGGGUCCUCUUAAGGAUCCUAUAAUCGAUGAUUAUAAUCAUUUUCAGAAUUUGGAUAAGGCCUUAGGACGAUUGGGCCUUAGUGAAGAGCAAAAAUUGGAAAUAUAUUCGUUGGUCGCGGCUGUUUUACAUUUAGGCAAUAUCUGUUUUGAGGAGAUUCCAGAUGACGCCCGUGGCGGUUGUCAAGUAUCAGAAAGUUCAGAAAAAUCCUUAACAACUACUUGUCAUCUCCUAGGUGUAGAUUGCGAUGAAUUAAGACAAGCUUUGGUUUCAAGAGUCAUGCAAAGUAAGGGUGGCGGCUUCAAGGGUACUGUAAUUAUGGUUCCGUUGAAAAUCUAUGAAGCUUCCAAUGCUCGCGACGCUUUGGCCAAAGCUAUAUACAGCCGUCUAUUUGAUCGUGUUGUAGCGUUAAUCAAUCAAAGUAUACCAUUUCAGGCUUCCAAUUUUUAUAUCGGUGUUUUAGAUAUCGCAGGCUUUGAGUAUUUUACAGUCAAUUCGUUUGAACAAUUUUGCAUAAAUUAUUGCAAUGAAAAAUUGCAAAAAUUCUUUAAUGAUAAUAUUUUAAAAAAUGAACAAGAAUUAUAUAAACGCGAAGGCUUGAAUGUACCGGAGAUAACAUUUACCGAUAAUCAAGAUAUAAUAGAGUUAAUUGAAUCGAAAUCAUUUGGCAUUUAUACGCUACUGGACGAAGAAUCAAAAUUGCCGAAGCCAUCCGCCCAACACUUCACGAACGAGGUGCACAAAGCGUGGAUUAAUCAUUUUCGUUUAGCUUUGCCGCGAUCUUCCCGACUAAGGGCUCAUCGUACAUUAAGGGACGAGGAAGGUUUUCUGGUUAGACAUUUUGCCGGAGCUGUUUGUUACAAUACGGAACAAUUUAUAGAGAAAAAUAAUGACGCUUUACAUGCUUCUUUGGAGGGUUUAGUGCAGGAAUGUAAAAAUCAUUUGUUGAAUUCAUUGUUUUCCUCUGCGGCAAAUUCGAGCACGCGCGGCAAAUUGAAUUUCAUUUCGGUAGGUUCUAAAUUCAAAACACAAUUGGGCGAGCUAAUGGAAAAAUUGGAAAUGAAUGGUACGAAUUUUAUACGUUGCAUUAAACCGAAUAGUAAAAUGGUAGAUAGAGAAUUUGAGGGGGGUUUAGCUUUGGCUCAGCUUAAAUGCUCCGGUACAAUCUCCGUAUUGGAAUUAAUGGAACACGGUUAUCCCUCGCGUGUACCAUUUGCUGAUUUAUAUAAUAUGUACAAAUCGUAUCUACCGCCAGAGUUAGCUAAGCUACCGCCACGCACGUUUUGCGAAGCUAUGUUGCAGUCAUUAAAUCUCAGCUCAAAAGACUUUAAAUUCGGCAUAACAAAGGUAUUUUUUCGACCUGGAAAAUUUGUGGAAUUCGAUCGCAUUAUGAAAUCCGAUCCUGAGAAUCUCUUGGCGAUAGUCGCCAAAGUCAAGAAAUGGUUAAUCCGAUCGAGAUGGGUAAAAUCGACUCUAGGAGCAGUUUGUGUUAUUAAAUUACGUAAUCGUAUCAAAUAUCGAAAUAAAUGUGUAUUAAUGAUACAAACCUAUGUACGCGGUUAUUUGGCUCGAAAACAACAUCGUCCACGUUAUGAAGGGAUAUCGAAGAUCAAUAAAAUACGGCAUAAUGCUCAGAAAACUGUAGAAAUAGCCGCUGGCUUAAAGAAAGGCCGUGAAGAUAUAAUCGAGGAAGUGAACGAUAUUAAUCGACAAAUCGAUGAAGCCAUAAAUCAAAUAAAGAAAAAUUCAAAAAUAACAACAAGAGAAAUUGAUGCUCUUUAUACCACGAUUAUGGCCAACAUGAAUAAGACUACAGUGGACUUGAAUACAAAAUUAAAGGAACAAAAGCAGGCAGAAGAGCAAGAACGUUUACGUAGAAUACAAGAAGCUUUAGAAGCGGAACGACGUGCUAAGGAAGAAGAAGAGCUUCGAAAACGUGAAGAGCAAGAAACUAAACGAAUUAAAGCUGAAAUGGAAACGCGUCGCAAAGCCCAAGAAGUGGAGCGUGUUCAGCAAGAAGAAGAAGAUCGUAAGGCAGCCUUGGCCUUACAGGCGCAACUCGAGAAAGACGCUCAAGACGAUGCCAAAUACCGACGUCAAUUAGAACAAGAAAGGCGUGACCAUGAAUUGGCCUUAAGGUUAGCCAACGAAUCGAACAGUCAAGUUGAAGAUAGUCCACCAGUUAUAAGAAAUCUUCCUUUUCUAAAGAAAUGUGGUCAAAGUGAAGCAACUCUUGUGGGUGCCAAUAAGCUCAUCAGUUUUACACGAGGUGUGACAACAUUUGCAUCUCGUUUUUUGCAUAAUAAAUCUGAAAAUGUACGAGCGCAGCAACAGGCGUUGGGCAAACAAAAAUAUGAUUUAUCCAAAUGGAAAUAUUCAGAAUUACGUGAUGCAAUUAAUACAUCUUGUGAUAUUGAAUUGUUGGAGGCUUGUCGUCAAGAGUUUCAUCGCCGCCUAAAGGUUUAUCACGCCUGGAAGGCUAAGAAUCGUAAACGUACCACUAUGGAAGAGAAUGAACGAGCACCGAGAAGCGUUAUGGAAGCCGCUUCUAAAGCACCGCCUUUGGCUCAACCUAAGCAAGAAAUCACUACUGCCCAACAUCGUUAUUUCCGUAUACCUUUUAUGCGCGCUAAUGCUCCCGAAAACACUAAACGUGGUUUAUGGUACGCUCAUUUCGAUGGCCAAUGGAUAGCAAGACAAAUGGAAUUACAUGCUGACAAACCGCCUAUACUACUUACAGCAGGUAUCGAUGAUAUGCAAAUGUGCGAAUUAAGUCUAGAAGAAACUGGUCUUACACGCAAACGUGGAGCUGAAAUUUUGGAGCACGAAUUUAAUCGCGAAUGGGAACGUCAUGGUGGAAAGCCUUAUAAAAAUUUGGGUGCUAAGUAAAGUUCUUGGGAAAAUCGUUAAAACUUUUAAAAUUUCUUUUAAAAUCGAAAACAACAUGCAUGUCACAUGUAGUUAGGGGCAUCAUUUUUAAGUAACAAAAAAAAAAAAAAAAAAAAAAAAA